CCGAACUAAAAAUCAAAACAGCAGAUUGUCAACAUGUCAACGUCAACAAACUAACCUAAAAAACCGAUUUAGUGCCGAUUUCUUUAUUGUAAAAAUUCACUGAAGCAUAAAAUAAAUAAAAAUGGAUACCGAGAAAGUGACAAUGUUGCGAUACAGAGGUUCAAAAUUAAGCAAAGUUAAGAAAAUUGACAUUUUUCCUAAAAUAGAAGAGACAUUUAAAGAGAAGUCUUCAGUGGGUGGAACAUUUUCAGUAUUCAGCUUUAUCCUAAUUACGUGGCUAGUUUUUUUGGAGAUAAACUAUUACCUUGAUAGCAAAUUUGUAUUCAAAUUUUCACCCGAUACAGAUUUUGACGCUAAAUUAAAAAUCAAUGUAGAUAUUACUGUAGCAAUGCCCUGUUCUAACCUAGGUGCUGAUAUAUUAGACUCGACAAACCAAAACGCAUACAAAUUCGGCUCUUUGGAGGAGGAAGACACGUGGUUUGAGUUAGCCCCAAAUCAACAAAUCUAUUUCGACAACAAAAAACAUUUUAAUUCAUAUCUUAGAGAAGAAUACCAUGCAGUUAAAGAUUUGUUAUGGAAAAGCAGUUUUUCAACAAUGUUCAGACAUAUGCCUGAGCGGAGUACCUAUCCAAACAGGCCCCACGACGCUUGUCGCAUCCACGGAUCUUUAAUUUUAAAUAAAGUUUCAGGAAAUUUCCAUAUAACAGCCGGCAAAAGCUUAAAUCUUCCCAGAGGCCACAUACACAUCAGUGCGUUUAUGAGUGAAAGAGAUUACAAUUUUAGUCACAGAAUUGAUAAAUUUAGUUUUGGGGACCCCAGUCCUGGGAUUGUUCAUCCUUUGGAAGGAGAUGAACUGAUAUCACACACUGGAAUGACAUUAUUUAAUUAUUUCAUUGAAGUUGUUCCCACAAAUGUGAAAACAUUCCUGGCUUCUGUAAACACCUACCAAUACAGUGUAAAAGAAUUAAACAGACCAAUUGAUCAUGACAAAGGUAGUCAUGGAAUGCCAGGGAUUUUUUUUAAGUAUGAUAUGUCUGCCCUCAAAGUGACUGUGAGUCAGGAAAGGGAUCAUUUAGGAAUGUUUCUGGCAAGGCUGUGUUCUAUUAUUGGGGGGAUUUAUGUCUGUUCAGGUUUUGUGAACAGUUUGGUACAAUUCUGCUACAACUUUGCAAUGUGCAACUGGUUUUCUAAUCCAAAUGAGAAACAAGAAGUUCAGAAAAAUAAUUUUAAAACAAUACCAGAUGUUGUACCUGUUAAUUUGUGAUAAAAUGUAUUAGGCUAUAAAUAAAUUACUAUGAUUUUAAUGAUUAA